AUGUUUGCCUUCACAAACUCUAAAUACAGGCAUUCACCCAUGCCUCAGACAAAGAAGAAGUCUGGUAAUUUGAUGUAUUUACUACCAGAUUCAGACAGUGUAUCACUGAUAUUGCUGGGUAUAAAAUCAGAUUGUACAUGUAUAUAUCAUUAUACAUUCAUCAAAGAGAAAUGGCAGCAGAUGACAUUAGAUCAAGUGUAUUCUAAAAGCAUUCAAGUUUGUCCGCUGUCUAGCCGUCUCAUUGUGGUCAGUUACUAUACAGAUGAGAAAUCAUAUCUGUGCAAAUACACUCAGGACAUCAAUAGUGACCAGUGGUCAAAUGUCCAGUUAGAUAGUACUGAGAAACAAAUAACACACCUGAUACCUGUGAGAGGUAUCCCUGAAGCUGUACUCACUUUGACAAAAUCUAUGGAAAUACAAAUAUGGAAUCAUGAGCAUGGUUAUCUGCUAACAUCUGUAGAUAUAUCUGAUGUUUGUCCAGCAGAUCCUAUCUGCUCAAUCAGUUUUGCUGAACAGGGUUUUCUGUUUGUGCCGCUACUGAGUAAGAAGAAAGGUGGCGAGGCUGGAACAAUAGUUGUGAUCAAUCCAAGUAUGAAUACAUCAGAGACCUUAUCAUCAAUUACCCUAAAUGACAGUUGGACAGGAUGUAGUGGUACCUGUAUUAUGUCAGCUGGUUUACUGCUGUGUAGACAAAAUAAUGGCUGUAUCCGAAUGUGGAAUGUUUACACUGGUGGUCUCCUAGCAACGGUUGAUGAUGUCACAGUCACAUGCUUUUCAGCAACCAAUCAGCUUUUAGUAGCAGCUCAUAAACAUUGUGUUCAUAUAUAUAAACUGGAUUUACCAAGUCUUUCAUAAAUAAUACUAUUUGAAUGAUUUAAUCUUGGAUGUUUUGGUUUUUUUGUUGGGGGGGGGGGGGGGCUGUUACUU